GGGUGGCACCCAUGAGGCCGGAUUUGGCGCUAUAGUUUUCUUGACGAAAGACGGAGGUCUGAAUUGGUAAUGUUGUGGUGGCAUAAUGAAGUCCGAGGGCGAUAAGGUGACGACGGAGAAAGGCAAGGUUGACGACAGAGAGUUGAGGAAAUUUCAUCUCACUUCCGUUUACGAUGAACAGGGCACCGACUGGGUCGACGCCGACAAGAAAGUCAGCCUCGACCUAGCCCUAUUCAAAGGGUACGGUCUGAGGGCAUUCGGUAUGAAACCUUUCGAAGCGAAGGGGGAUGGAAGUGAGUUUCGGAUGGUUCAUCCGGUGGAUUUCCUGAACAAAACAAACAGCUAUAGAAAAAGUGUUCAAUACCCGAAGGUAGAUGCCGGUCAUCAGUUCACUGGACCGCUUGUCCCGUACGACACUUCGGUCCAGGGUGUCGCUGGCGUUUUGAAGUCUUGUGGGGAAGGGGCAGGUUCAUCGGAUAAGGCUGCGAAGAGGAAGCAACUCGCCACAACUCCACCGCAACUACAACGACCUGCUGCGACUACUGGCACUUCACGCUCGCGGAAGACGGAUCUUCAAGCCGUUGACCAAUGGUCUGAGGAGCAAACGGAAACGGAGGAGGAUGUUGGGUUCCGCGGACGGGACGUGGGGUCCUUGGAGGACUCACGACACUGGGGCGCCGGAGGAGACAGCGAAGGGAACGUGGAACUCGAAGAACGUCCUGGUGGCAGUGGGCGAUGCGAUAACGAUUGUUCGGAUGAGGAACACAAUGAGAGGGAGCAAAGUGAAAUGGGUGCGUCGAGUGGUGGGCCACACAAUGACAUGGAACAAAGUGAACGAAUGCAGAAUGAGGAUGAGCAGGACGAUGGAGGGGAUGGCGAUGUAGAAACGGGUGGGGCUUCGAAGAGUAGGGGUAAGCGGAAAGCAAAUGCAUCCCGAACACCAGCAGCGAUGAAGAAACGAGUCAGAAAAGAAGUUGUGGAUGAUGCUCGAUAUGCCUUGGAUGCAUCACAGGAAACGCUUGGCGAAGCCGCCAAGAAACAUAAAGAAGGCAUCCGUUUUCGCAAAACAUCGCAACCGAAGAGGGCUGCACGCUCAUCAAGGCUUCCCAAGUCAGAUGAUUCAAGCGACGACGCUGAAGGGGUGGGCCCUCGUCGGCCUGACCUCAGUGUCGAGGACGAAACGAAAACGAAGAGGCCCCGUGCGGUCGACAUGGCACAGUGCUUCUUUCUCGAGUACGAUGGAGACGACAGGAAAAUAAAAGACGUGCCAAGGGUUUGCAUAGAUGUCAUGUCGAUUUUUUCGAUUCCCAAGGGGGAUAUCGUAUUCAACCAGCGGUCGCUGAACAAGGCAAUUGUUGCAGGUCUCGAUGCAUUAAUUGAUAGGUCCACUGCUCAAAGGGGUGUGGAUGAUGAUGCUUCGCGGGAACCGUCGGAGUUGAUACUCGCUCCAAUUACGCCUUGUGUGAAUGAGCCCAAUGUCCAAGGAACACGUAUUCUUUCGGAGGACUUUGAUUGGAGGCGUGCAAAGGAAUACUUCUAUUACCCGGUUGCUGAGCAGCACACCGCAGAGGUCAUAAAAAAAGUGGUACGUUGGGGAUCUCCUGCUUUUGCCAUUUACGGUUUGCACGAUUAUGACCGCGUGCGCGUUGUUUACUUUGACGACGAUCACAAACACGGGUAUUCGGUUGUUUCGACAUACGACAACACGAGAGGUGACCGUGCCAUGUUACCGUCGUUCCACCAGGCGUGUGAAGACAUAAGAGGUUUUUGGCGGUUGAAGAAUUACAUCGAGCCUGUGGGUUUCAAGGUAGCUGAGAACGACAUCAACGGUAAAAUGCACCAGGAGACGUGGCAGAAAUUCAUGAGGGUUUGCAUAAUCCGGUGCCCUAGAGAUAUGCCGGGAAGGCAAGAGGGGAAGCUUCCGGGGCAAUAUACGGAAGAAGUCAAUGGGAAAAAGGAGGGGUUCCAUUGCAUCGCGACUAAGGAUGGGGGGCAUGGAGCCACCGUCAUCUUCAAAGAUCUCGUUCCAUCAAACUUCAAAUGCUUUGGAGAUAUGACGGCGCGAGAGAAGGAAGUCGCAUUGAGGUUGAUGAUCAACAAGAAGGUCAUAGCCACCGCUAGACAGGUUCCUACGGGGAAGUUGAACAUGAACAACCUCCUCGACAUUAUCAUGCGAGAGAGGUACAUGAUGCGUCUCUUCGACUACAUCGUGUUCAAAUCGGAGAACAAAGAGAAGGACGAUUGGAACCAAGAGUUCUUCUUCGAUUACAAGGGCAUGACUGAGAGGUACGGUGUCACAGCGGAAGCAUGGGACGAGGAAAGGGAUAAAAUCCCUUUGGAGUACGUUAGGAAGGUUCCAAAACGACUUGGUGGCGACCAAGAAAUGAAAGGCCUGAAAGGAGCAGGGUUGAAGGCCACAGAGGCAUUGUAUAAAGAUGCACCUUUUCAUUUUAAGGUCUUCGUGUACCCGGCGAUAAGAAAGGUGGAUUUGCUCACGGCAGAGAUGCGGCGAUUCUCAAAUGCUGCGCUUCACCUGUUGUGGGAAGGGAACGGGCGACGAGCAACAUUGCUGUCGAUUAAUAUGCACCCAAAGGAGCUGCUGCCUGCGCAAGACGAAGUCGUUACCGCUGCCACAAACCUUAAUUGCAAGGCCACGAUCUUGGAUCUCGCAUUACCGUCACAUUGCUCUGCGUGGUCGCUUGAGGACUUCGACGCUCUAUACAAAAUGAUGUCAAAGUUGUGUGGCGAGAAUUUGACAUUGAUCGUCUUCGCGCCACAGAAACAUCACAAGACCGUCAUGCGACACCUCUACAAUUGGGAGAACGUUGAGGUGAUACCAGGCACUUGGAAGCGCUUUAUGGGGGUCGGAACGCCUGUCAAUAAAUAUGGGAAUAUGCAAAUUGAGAGUAAGGACACGAUGACGAUCGUCCUGCAUGCCGAGGGAGGCGACCUCAGAAAGGUUACAAGAGUGUCGCGCUCAGAAGCGGACAUUGUGGAAGUAAACGUCGUGGAACAAUUUUUUAAGAGGUGUGCAGCAAAGCAUGGCGGCGAUGAAGGCAAUGAAAAAGAGGAGUAUGAGCGUUGGGAACAAGAGCCGCAGCGGCUACAAACCUUAUGCAACUCAUUUCUGCAUGAGGACGAAGGGGUUAUAGUCCUUGGGAAGCCACAUAAGGUGGGGGCAUUUGCGUUGUUUGUGGCGCGAUGCGACGAGCUAAAGUUCAUGAGACAUUGCAGCAAGUUGACGUACAACGACUAUAGUGACGUUGCACGUAGAACAGAUGCAUGGAAUCCGAUUGACAGCGAUGAAGAGACUGAGACCUCGGACCUUGAAAUCGACCUACGGGUUAAGCGUUCUCGAGAUGGUGCACAUGGUCGUGAGGGAGUGCAAAAUGUUCUGGACGGCAGCGUGCAAAACGAGAACCCUGAAGGAGGUGUGCAGCAAUUUGGACCACUGAGCACUCAUGUGGUUGACACGCAGGACAUGGCAAGUUCCGCUGGUGAAUUCCCAAGGGAUUCACCGACACCCAUUCAAGCCGUAAUUAACACCCUGCUUCACGACAAUCGUUACGGGUAUCAAGGAGAGAAGAGGUCCAUCAGACGAAUGUCUGGAGGGAUGAGGAUGAACGACGUGCGGGAAGACGCCGACGAGGAUGACUUGGUUGUUCCAGGUGUCUUCCCGAAGUUGACGCCCGGUGAUGAUAUUCCAGAAAGCUUCAUGCAGGGCUCCACCUCGCCCUAUGUAUUUCAUGACGUGCGGGAAGAGACGUCGUCAGAGAAGUGAAGGCAUCACAUACUGUGGCACCUAGAUGUGUUCGAACCAUGCAUUGACGAGGGGAAGUGGGCAAUGGCACUGCAUCUGAGGGAUGGCUGGAAAGUCAAACCCAGGAUGGCAGAAGAUUCAUGGUUGAAAACCACAAACGGUGAAAUCCUAUUACGCGUUACGAAGGAAAACCAUGGUGUCGAUGAAGUCCUUAUAUGCGUGAAGGCCCAAUCGUUGUUCGAGUCUCUACGUUCCAACAAUCGCUUGGAGUACAAGCAUCAGUUUUAUGACUUUCCAUCAAGUCGGUUGUAUAACAAAAUCGAUUGGAAAAU